AUGGUGUCACAAGUCUGCUCCGAAAGCACAGGAAUGGCCUUGCACUACCGGCUGAGCAGCGCAGUGUGCUCCAGAACGCGUACGAUAGGUGAGUCGUGACCCGGAAGUUGCCUGGACCACUGGGCAAUGGAUCACGGAGCGGCCUGGCGGUAGCGAUGUCAGCAACACAGAGAGUAUUGCUACCUAUGAUCCAAACCACGGGCUCAAUGUCCAAGCCACUCACAGUAGUCAUCUCGGACCCUGGUCCAUCGACGGUUUCAAGUGGUUCAGUAGUGUCACUGACGCCAAUAUGAUGGUCAUGCUGGCGAGGAGAGCAAAGUGUAAAAGCACUCUCUUUGCACCCAUGAGAAAGACAUUGGUCAAGAGGUAG